AUGGAAGCCAAACGGCAAGGCGCUGCCCAUCAACGAGAGGAAUUCAGCCGUUUCGCCGAGAGGUGGGAGACUCGCAUCCGAGACUUCUUUGCGCAGCUACGCAUUCCGCAAUCCAACAAGGUCUUUGACGCAACGAACUUGGUCUCCGUGUACGCCAACCGCGCCCUAGCGGGCAUGGUGGCAGCCAGCGGUGUCUUAUCCAUCGUGUUCGAGCUGCGGACGCUCCAGAAGAUGCACAUGAGCUCGCUGUGGGUAUUCAGGCUCUCGAACCUGACGCUCGCCGUGUGCGAGUGGGCGCGUCAUCUUAGUAUCAAGCCGCCUCACAUUCAGGACCUGGCCCCCCCUUUGAAAGCAGCCCAUGGCCCGACAGCUGUGGGGGCUGUCAAAGGUGACUAUUGUUUAUAA